AUGAUUGCUGAAACACUUCAAAAAGAUGAUGGAUUUUCGGUAAAAACGUCUGAUUUUUCCGAAAAAUUCAAUCCUAUCAGAGAGGAAUGGAUUGGGAGGAUUCUAAAAGAAAAAUCAAAAGAUGUGUUGAAAACACGACAAAUUUACUAUUCUCUACUCAACAAUGGAAAAUUAGCUGCCAAACUCAGUAAACCGAAAUCACUAGACAACAAUCAUUUGACAAACUGGAAGCCAAACUCAAUUAAAUUGCCUCUGAAUUUCGAGUUAAUACCUGAUCGAAUACUUCACAUAAAUAAACCACCACUAGAGAGGGAAAGACUAUACAAGCCAACGGGUAAAGAAAUUCAACCAACCGUAUCAGGAGAACAUAAUGAGAAUAAUAACAAUAACACGGUUGUUUUUCAAUACGAACCAAUGAUUGGAAAAUUUUUUACAGCUUCUAAAUCUAAUGGAAUUAUUGAACAAUCAACCAAUUUGUUAAAUGAUUCUAAAUUUUUAAAGUUUGAAUCACGUUUUGAAAGUGGUAACUUAUCAAAGGCUAUAUGCACUGGUCCUUAUGAAUAUGAACUUUACCUACGACCAGAUUUAUAUACAAAAAAAUAUACACAAUGGUUUUAUUUUCGUGUACAAAAUACAGAGAAUAAUAAUAGUUAUAGAUUUACCAUUGUAAAUUUUUAUAAGUCUACUAGUUUAUUUUCACAAGGUAUGAGACCAUUAAUGUACAGUGAGAAAAUGGCUAAAUUAACUGGUAUUGGUUGGCGACGCGUUGGUAGUGAUAUAAAUUAUUAUCAAACAAAAUAUAUGGAAUCGGCUGACAAUAAACUGCAGUUCAAAAACAAACCACAAAAAGAUGAUACAUCUAUAUUACCUCAUACUUAUUCAUUAACAUGGAAAUUCAAAUUCCCUUAUCCAAAUGAUACUGUAUACUUCGCUGCAUGUUAUCCAUACACAUAUACCCAACUUCAAGAAUAUUUAAAUAAAUUAACAUUAAAUUCGUCAAUUAAAAGAAUAUGUCAUCAAACAACCCUUUGUUAUACAUUAGCUAGCAAUCCAGUACCUUUAUUAACCAUUACAGAGCCAGAUGAUUAUGAUGAAUGUAAUGGCAAUGAUAGUAAUAGUAAUGAUAAUAACAAUGUUGAUCAACUUAUGAAUAAGUCACAAUCAGGUUUUCAAGCACAACCUACUGAUGAUAACAAUAAUAAUAACAAGCCAACGGAGAAGAAACGUUGCGUUGUAAUUACAGCACGUGUACAUCCUGGUGAAACACAAGGUAGCUGGAUGAUGAAAGGUUUAAUGGAUUUUCUUAUCAGUACGGAUCCAGAUGCGAAGGCAUUAAGAUCUAAUUUUGUAUUCAAAUUAGUUCCAAUGUUAAAUCCUGAUGGUGUAAUUGUUGGAAAUUAUCGUUGUUCACUAUCAGGUUGUGAUUUAAAUCGAAAAUAUACAUCUAGUUUAAAACGUUUCUUUCCUACAAUUUGGCAUACUAAACAAAUGAUUAUAAAUGUCAUGAAACAGUAUGAAGUUGUUGUUUAUUGUGAUCUACAUGGACAUAGUCGAAAGCAACAAAUGUUUAUAUAUGGAUGUAAAAGUCAAACCCUUGAAAAUCAGUAUUAUUCACGUAUAUUUCCUGCUAUGUUAAGUAAAAAUAUACCAGAAUUGUUCAAUUAUGAAAAGUGUAAAUUUGCGGUGCAAAAAGAAAAAGAAGGAACUGGACGUAUUGUGAUGUGGAGAGAAGGAAUUGUAAAUAGUUAUACUCUAGAAGCAACGUUUUGUGGUACAGCUGGUAAUGAUCUAGAAGAAGGUUAUCAUUUCAAUUCUUUGGAUUUUGAGAAAAUGGGUUCACACUUUUGUGACACAUUACUAGAUUAUAUUGAUCCAGAUCAUAAAAAGAUGGAACAUAUUAUGCAAUAUUUGAAAAAUCGUUUUGUUUCUAUGAAAAUAUCUAAAUCAAAUGAAUUUGAAGAUGAUAAGCUUUCUUCAGACGAUUCAAUGAGUGACAGUAGUGAUGUUGGAUCAGAUAGUUCAAAUUGUGAUGAGUUACCUGCAUAUUAUGCGUAUGUUUUGCAAAAGUCAAAGAAAAAAGGCAAACGUAAACGGAAGAUAACGCAGAAGCGUGAAACGAAAUCGGGCAAUAAAAAAGAGACACAGCCUAAGAAAGAUGUACCAACAAACCACUGUAUUGCAUGUUGUAGAGAUCUGAAUCUAACUGAAGAUUCAUCUAAAUCAGGAAAACAAACACAGAACAAUUCAGAAUCUAGAAAAUCAUUUCAAAAAGAACAUAACUAUUAUGGAAUAUUUUCAAGGAAUCAACAAAAUGGUUACUUCUCAGAUGGAGUUAUUUCUUUCAAAAAAAGUUACAAAAAUUCAAGUUCAACCUUUGCUAAUCAUGAAGAACCAGAUAUGGUUUGUCUAAAACCAUUCAAUAAACAGAGAUCUAAUCAAACUUCAACACUAUCUCAGGAAAUAUUACAGGGAGAUGGUGCUGGCGGUCGGGACAAAAAUUUUAUAACAAAAGAAAACGUGAAACAAUUAAAUCAAGAUUAUAAUUUACCAAAAAUAAAUAUUGGAUCAAAUUAUAUAAUGAAUCCAUUUAUUCAUUUAAGAAGGACACAAUCAGCACCAUCGAAUAAAUAUAAUUUAUUAUUAAAAAAUUAUAAAAAAAUUAAUUUUUUUAAUUUAGAUAUAAAACAAAAAAAUUUUUUUUAUAAUUUUGAUUUGAAUAAUUGUUCCCAUUUGGAAAAUAAUAAUCACCAUGUGCUGAAUCCCCUUGUUUAUAAUUAUCCAAAUAUAUAUGGUGAUUAUUUAAAUAACACUGUUAUUAAAAAUGAUGAUCAAACAUUCAUAACAUUGGAUAAACAUAUUAAUACCACUCAAAAUGAAGAUCUAAUAAAGAUUUCCUCCAUCAAACAAUGCAGUAAUCAAAUGUUAUUAAAAAAUGGACAACUUCGAAAAGUUUCAAGAUCUUCAAUAUAUAGUUUUUCAAAUUCAAAUUAUAAUUAUAACAACUUUUCCAAUGUAACCAGACAUUAUCCACUUAAACAAUCGACCAUAUACCAAACAAUUAAUAAAACAACCUUAUCACACCAGUCACAAAAACAACUCAAUGAAUUGAAUACUAUCAAUAAACGUGGUAAUUCCCUGGACGUUUCAAUGAGUUUAAAAUCGAAUGACGUCUUACCACAAUACUUCAAUAACAAGCUAAAAAUGCACAGUAUAAGAAAAUUUAAUUAUGAUCAGAAAAUUCAAGAUGAAAAUAUAUUGGAUACAAUAAUGUUAGAUGGGAAACCAAUUCAUAUUUUCAAUAAGAAAUCUACAAUUUCUACAUAA